AUGUCACCAGUCGAUAUUUCAUUUAUUCAUUCUGAGCUCGUUGACAGGGAGGAAGUUGCUCGUGUAUGUGCAACUACCCUUCCUGUUCGUAAAAGCAAGUACAGUCCUCUGGUAGAGAAAGCGGUCGGAUUUGCGUACUGUGGUGCAACUUCGCCGCAGGGCCCUGUCACUGUCUUCUUUCCUCCGGAAACUAAACAAGAUCGUGUUGAGAUCUUUGCCAAGCUCAUUGAGUAUUUCUUCGCUUAUGAUGACGUUCUCACUGCCCCAGGAAGUGCCAAGACUGGCGAAGAGCAAUCAGCAGACUCUAUUGGAUGGGAAGUGCGCAAAGGAACGACGAGUAGCGUUCGAAUCAGCGCAAUGAAACAGAUCCAAUCCGAAGUGUUCUUGCGUCUUCUCGAAAUCGACAGAAAACGCGGAAACCUCAUUCUUCGAGCCAUCAACGAUUUAUCCCGAGUUUACGGAACGAUCGACUCGCGCGACCUCAGGAACAUGGGACGACUUGAGCUCAAUAUAAUGUCGAUUAUCUACUGCUGCGAACUGGACCUGACGCAGAGUGACAUACACGCGUUGAAAGAAGUUUGGUCGCCUGCGACUGCGGCGGCGGCGCUGGUUAAUGACCUGUAUAGCUUCAAUAGGGAGGUAAUUCUGGAGCCCGACACAGAUACGGAUACGGCUAUCGCAACACCAAACUCUGUCUGGUACUUGAUGAAAACAUUGAACUUGACUGUGUCGCAGGCAAAAGAAAUCCUGCUGAAAGACAAGAUAUUGCCCUUGGAAAGAGAGUUCAUUGCCAAAAAGGCCGAGUACCUGGCCAACAUGGAUCCGGUGACACCCAAGUCAGGCGAUAUUAUUUAUUUCCUGGAAAUGGUUGGCUUAGGGUUGUCUGGAAACUGGUACUGGCAUGCUAUUGCUGAUCGCUUCCAUCGAUGGGCCGAAUUGCUACAACUGCCGCCUGCUAAGUUAUUCGAUUACGAUGAGGCCACAGCAACCUGGGCAGAGAAAAAUCAAAUCCUGGAAUCCACUGAGAGUCUGCAGGCAAUGACAGAUAACCCAUACUAUAAGGUACUUCAUCAGCCGAUUGAUUAUCUUCGGAGCGUACCAUCGAAGAACAUAAGAGGCACCAUCAUCCAAGCGUUGAAUCUAUGGCUCAACGCACCGGAAUCGGCAGCAACUCAGGUGGAAGACUUGAUCGGACAUCUGCACGAGUCGUCGCUUCUGCUUGACGAUAUCCAAGACAGCUCCGAGCUCAGGCGCGGUCGGCCAACUGCUUAUCGCGUCUUUGGGGUACCGCAGACUAUCAAUGCUGCAACACAUGCACUUACACUUGCAUUCGAGAAGUUUCUGGCCGAGGUAGACGAGCUGCGCAACCUUCAUGUUGGACAAGCGAUGGACCUCUAUUGGACACGUUCUGGGUAUCGUCCUUCGAUUGCAGAAUACCUGGAAAUGAACCGGUUGAAAACCGGCGCACUGUUUUGCCUCGCGAGUAAUCUAUUAUCUAUCCAAGGGUCGUUUUCAGCCGGAGCUAUCAAGCAGACUGACCUGAACGAUCUUAUGAUCGUACUGGGUCAGUAUUUCCAAGCUCGAGACGACUAUAUCAAUCUGGCAUCAACCAAGUAUCAAGAGCAAAAGGGUUUCGCUCAGGAUCUCGACGAAGGCAAAUUGUCGCUUCCAUUGAUCCACCUUCUGACACAGUCGCCGAACGCGGCACUGAUCGAGAAUACCCAGCAAGAACGAGCAAGGAAUAACAAGCUGCCAGCUGAUCUGAAGCAACUGAUCUUGGAUGAAAUGCGUGAUCAGAAGAUUCUGCAGCUCACCGAAAAGACACUGAAGGGUUUAGAGGCCAAGGUGUACCGACACCUGGGAAGACUGGAAGUUUCCGCUGGGAUCAAGAACUUUACGUUCCUGUUCUUGCUGGAUAGAUUGAGGGAGAUGUGA